CCCGUUUCAAUCUAGCUGCCGUUCUACCAGCUUGUAUUCGAUUUCUUUGAUCUCCCCGAAGGUAUGUACUUUUGGUGAGCACAUCUUCCACACAAGGCUACAGGCUGUGAGCGUUGACUUGAACGACAGCUUGAGUCAAGCAGCAGUUGCUUAAUUUACCCGGAUUUCUUCAUCUUGUGCUUGAGUUACACGGUUUUGCUGUGAAACAUGUCUAUCUUGAAGAUACAUGCCCGUGAGAUUUUUGAUUCGAGGGGAAACCCCACUGUUGAGGUGGACCUUUACACAGAGAAAGGCCUGUUUCGAGCUGCUGUCCCUAGUGGAGCAUCUACUGGAAUCUAUGAAGCUUUGGAGCUAAGAGACAAUGAUAAGUCACGUUACCUGGGCAAAGGUGUGACAAAGGCUGUUGAGCAUGUGAACCAAACUAUCGCACCUGCACUGAUCAGCCAGGCAAUUCCUGUAGUUGAGCAAGAGAAGAUUGACCAAUUCAUGCUGGAACUGGAUGGAACCGACAACAAAUCUAAAUUUGGUGCCAAUGCCAUACUGGGUGUGUCCCUGGCUGUGUGCAAGGCAGGAGCUGCAGAGAAAGGUGUUCCUCUUUAUCGUCACAUUGCUGACCUUGCUGGAAACCCAGAGGUCAUCCUGCCAGUACCGGCUUUUAAUGUGAUCAAUGGUGGCUCACAUGCAGGCAAUAAGUUGGCCAUGCAAGAAUUUAUGAUCCUUCCUGCUGGUGCCAGUAGUUUUAAGGAGGCCAUGCGCAUUGGCGCAGAGGUGUACCACAAUCUGAAGAAUGUUAUAAAGGAAAAGUAUGGCAAGGAUGCCACCAAUGUCGGGGAUGAGGGAGGAUUUGCACCCAACAUCCUGGAGAAUAAAGAAGCUUUAGAGCUGCUGAAAAGUGCCAUCAGUAAAGCUGGUUACACAGAUGAGAUUGUGAUUGGCAUGGAUGUGGCUGCAUCCGAGUUCUACCGUGAUGGAAAGUAUGACUUGGACUUCAAGUCUCCCGAUGACCCCAAUAGGUAUAUCAGCCCUGAUGAGCUUGCUGAUCUCUACAAGAGUUUUAUUCAGGACUACCCAGUGGUGUCUAUUGAGGACCCUUUUGAUCAGGAUGACUGGGAGGCCUGGACCAAUUUCACUAACAGCACAGACAUCCAGGUGGUGGGAGAUGAUCUCACAGUCACCAACCCUAAACGUAUUGCUAAUGCAGUGGAGAACAAGGCUUGCAACUGCUUGUUGCUCAAAGUCAACCAGAUCGGUAGUGUUACCGAAUCUCUGCAGGCAUGUAAAAUGGCACAAUCCAGUGGCUGGGGUGUGAUGGUGAGCCAUCGCUCAGGGGAAACAGAAGACACAUUCAUUGCUGACCUGGUUGUGGGACUUUGCACUGGACAGAUUAAGACUGGAGCUCCAUGCCGCUCUGAGCGUCUGGCCAAGUACAAUCAGAUCCUUAGAAUUGAAGAGGAACUGGGGGAUAAAGCUUGCUUUGCUGGGAAAAACUUCAGAAAUCCACUGAACUGAGACUACACUAUAAGUACAGUCCUAUUCACACUUAGGACCAAAUCACUUAACCUCCUACAAUACAGUAAAUCUACUCGUAUUUCAGUUCAAGAUGUGGCAAUGCCAACGUAGAACAGUAUAUGACAAAAGAUUAAUUUUAGGUCAUUAUUAGGAGUGAUGCAGAACAUCAAGUGUACAGAAACACAAAUUACUGUAUAGGCAUAAGGUAUUCAGUUGAAUCAGUGUUACAUGUACUUUUCUGUUAAUGACUGUAAUGCAAAGAAAGAGCAAACUGUAUUUUUCUGUAAAUGCUGCGUAGCAGAUUUCUGAGGUUUGUGCUUGUAAUAGUGGAUGCUGUUAAAAUAAAAAAUCAACAAGUGAAUAGC